UCUUUUUAAGAGAGAGCGGCGACUACGCCCAAACACACCUCGUAACGCCAAAGUAGUGCUUGAAUAAGUUGCGGGCCUCUUGCGACAGCCGCUUAGGCCAGUUCUUCACAUUCACGACCACCUCCGUGCGCGCAUCUAGCUGGUAUUCGGAGUCACGUAUAGCAGAAUUCACACGCAAUGGCUUCAGAGCUUGCCAACAAGCUCGAGGCGACAACACUCAACGAAAGCUCGACGAACAAUGACUGGAGAGCGGGGCUCAAGGCGCCGCCGAAAGACGGCCGAGUGCAAACUGAGGAUGUGACAGCGACAAAAGGGCUUGAAUUUGAAGACUUCUACCUCAAGCGAGAACUGCUCAUGGGCAUCUUCGAGGCGGGCUUCGAGAAGCCGUCACCCAUACAAGAGGAAACGAUACCGGUAGCACUCACCGGGAGAGACAUAUUGGCGCGAGCCAAGAACGGCACCGGCAAGACUGCCGCCUUCGUCAUACCUACACUUGAGCGCAUCAACCCCAAGCUGGAGAAGACACAAGCUCUGAUUCUUGUACCCACGCGAGAGUUAGCGCUGCAAACAUCGCAAGUAUGCAAGACGCUCGGCAAGCACCUCGGGAUCAAUGUCAUGGUUACUACCGGUGGCACUGGUCUCAAGGACGACAUUAUCCGACUCAACGAAGUCGUGCAUAUCAUUGUUGGUACGCCUGGACGCAUCCUGGACCUUGCAUCAAAAGGCGUCGCCGAUCUUUCCGCCGCAAAGACGUUCGUCAUGGAUGAGGCGGAUAAGCUUCUGUCACCCGAGUUCACCGUCACUAUCGAGCAAUUACUACAAUUUCACCCUGCAGAUCGGCAAGUGAUGCUCUUCUCCGCUACCUUUCCUAUCGUUGUGAAGUCAUUCAUGGACAAGCAUAUGCGCGACCCUCAUGAAAUUAAUUUGAUGGACGAGCUCACACUGCGCGGUAUCACGCAAUAUUACGCCUUCGUGGAAGAGAAGCAGAAGGUACACUGCUUGAACACUCUCUUUAGCCGCCUCCAAAUCAACCAAUCGAUCAUCUUCUGCAACAGCACGACACGAGUCGAACUAUUAGCGAAGAAGAUCACUGAGCUUGGCUACUCUUGCUUCUACUCACACGCCAAGAUGCUGCAACAACACCGUAACCGAGUCUUCCAUGACUUCCGAAACGGUGCGAUGCGCAACCUUGUCUGCUCCGACCUUCUCACUCGCGGCAUCGACAUCCAGGCGGUCAAUGUUGUCAUCAACUUCGACUUCCCGAAGAAUGCUGAGACAUACCUGCACCGCAUUGGCCGGUCGGGUCGCUUUGGCCACCUUGGUCUCGCUAUCAACCUGAUCAACUGGGAUGACCGAUUCAACCUCUACCGGAUCGAACAGGAACUCGGCACGGAGAUCCAACCCAUCCCGCCGCAGAUUGACAAGAGUCUGUACGUCUACGAGAAUGCCGAGUCCAUCCCAAGACCCAUCAACACUGCUCCGGCGCAAGCGGAACAAAGGCAACAGCACGACACACGAAGGCAGCAGGGCAACGGUGCAGAUCUGGCAAAUCCGGCCAACCGGACAGGCGGGUACCGCGGUGGUCGUGGCGGCGGCGGCAGAGGAGGAGGCGGCUACAGAGGCCCACCACGCGAUCCUAACCAGCAAGGUCAGAACGGCGGCUACCAGGGCCAACAGCGACAAGGUGGCUAUCAACAGCGGCCGCCACCGCAGCAGCAGGCAAUGCCGCAGUCUGCGGCUCACGCGUAGAACGCUUAAUUACCGGUCUCCGGUCGCUGCUCUGGGUCUUGCCGCCCUCCCAAGACUCACCCACGUCACUACUGGACCUUGUUCUGUCGCUUUUUCGAAGAGCUUGC